UUUAGGGCUUGCCGAUGGGGAGGGGAGCCAGUGGCAUAGCUGGGGGUAUUCGUCGAGCUCGAUCGCGGCUGGGGCGAUUUCGGGCGCAAUCGGAUCGCAAGAAUGCAGCGACGGUGGCAAUGGCUGAGGAUUUGGCAGCACGGGAUUCAGCAGCUAGGCGUAGGGUUAGGGCGCUCUCACCGCUCCAAGUGGUGUCGCCGUGGCCGCAGAGGCGCUGGGGGGCUCUGGGCGGGAAGAGCCAGCGAUUUGGAGCGAAUCCAGGUACUGCAUUUCAGCAGUGUGGUGUGCGGUGUUUUGCGAGCUCCGGAGAGCUAGAGGGUGAUGAGGAUUCCACCCAAGCAUCCGAGUCGUCUUCGUCGGAAGACGAGGCUGUAGAGGAAGCAGGCUCUUCGAGGGAUCAACCGGGUAAGAGCGAGGCGGCGGCGGCGAAGGAAGAUGUCAAGAAGAAAGCAAAAGAGAAGAAGAGCAAAGAGGAGGAAGAGGCGGCCUUCCAAGCUAUGAAGGCCAGGUUUCGCAAGGAGUUCGAGAGCAGGAUUGUCAAGAACGAGAAUCUGGAAGUCAAGAGUAAAGAUCUUGAGGUGUCGCUAGACGGUUUUUCUUACUACCUCGACGCAAACACGCGGGAGUUACUCCUUGAUUGUUCUAUGGCUCAUCUCCGUCAACCAGAGUUUAUGGAAUAUAGCCAAGGACUGCCGUCUUCAAGCCAAAGGAUCCUUUUGCAUGGACCUUCGGGCUCUCAGAUUUACCAAGAGCAGCUAGUCAAGUCACUUGCACACAAACUCGACGCUUCUUUUCUUACUUUAGACAGCACUAUUCUCUCUCCUCAUGAUUAUGGCGAUCAGGACGUGUCUGGAGAAUCCGAGCUCGACCACGAAAGCCGGGGACGUGAGUCGAGAUGGACAGACAAUGAGUCUGAUCAAGAUGCAAGUGAUGAAGAAGACGACAAUGACGGAAGCGAUAGCGAAGAGCCAUAUCGCAUUUGUGCGCUGCUUGAGGUUGCAGAAGCAAGCUACAAGCACAAGCACGAGAUUCAAAAGGGUUCCGUGGGGUCUACAGAUCAGCAAGAAGAAUCUGGUUCAGCGCCUCAGAUAAAGUUGAAGAAAGGAGAUCGUGUGAGAUUUGUUGGAAGUACAGAGUCGAGAGGGGCUAAGAAAAGACAGUCUUUGAAGAAGGGCCAAAGAGGCUGGGUUAUUUCUACACCGAAGGGCCUUUCAAACAAUGUUGGGGUACGAUUCAUUAGCUCUGAAAAGAGAGCAGAACAUUUUGGCAGAAGUUCUGAUGAAUCAGCUACAAGUUUUGUAAAUUGGUGUCACUUAACGGAACUAGAGCUUGAUGAUGGUCCGGUAGCUUGCGCAGCAGAUGAGUGGGUUGCGGCCCUUGAAGCACUGGCAGAGGUUUCAGAGAGUUACAAGCCUUUAGUGGUCUACAUUCCCGAUCCUGAAAUCUGGUUUGAGAGGGCUGUGCCAUUGGCUCAAAGACGAGUAUUUCUCGAGCAAGUUGAAGAGCGGCUGGAUAAGAUUUCCGGCGCCGUUGUUCUUAUUGCGUCAAGAUCAAAUGAUGAUCCUGAGUUUGAGAGAAGAUCAAAACUGGCGAAGUCUUGUUCUAAAUGGAGAAACCAUACCGUUAAUUUGGAGGACAUAUAUCAUCUAUUUGUAAACACAGUCAACAUAUAUCCACCUCAAGACGAAAAGAGCUUUGAGGAAUGGAAGCAGCGACUUGAGCACGAUAAGACGAUAUAUGCAUCUAGAAAAAGUAUUCAGAGAAUCCAGAAGGUACUCGAACUCCACAACUUGGAGUGUCAAAGUUUACCAAUUUUGAACACCUUAGAACUUUAUCUGCCACUUGCCCCUCACUGGUACGUGUUAGGAAUUGAGAAAGCUGUCGGAUGGGCGCUCAACCACUACCUCAGUUCUUGCAGCGCAUCUCCAUCCAUAGAUAACGGGAAGCUUUCUAUCCCCUUGCAGAGCCUUGAAAGAGCUCUUGCGAUGCUAAAGGCUCAAGACGGGAGAAAAAUACCCGCAACACCUACUAAGGGACUAAAUCUAAGUACUGUAGCGGAAGACAAGUACGAGAAGGCGCUUAUCUCGUCUGUCAUUCCAAGCGGUGAAAUUGGCGUUUUGUUCACUGAUGUUGGUGCACUUGAAGAUGUCAAGAAAGCGCUUCAAGAGCUUGUCAUUCUUCCAUUGCAAAGGCCGGAACUCUUCAAAAGAGGAAAUUUGACAAAGCCAUGCAGGGGAGUGCUCUUGUUUGGACCACCUGGAACCGGCAAAACACUCCUUGCCAAGGCUGUUGCCACGGAAGCGGGAGCCAAUUUCAUAAGUAUUACGAGCUCGACCAUCUCUUCGAAGUGGUUUGGGGACGCUGAGAAACUAACGAAGGCACUUUUCUCCCUUGCGAAAAAAUUGUCACCGACGGUUGUCUUCGUGGAUGAGGUCGAUAGCCUUCUGGGUGCAAGAGGUGGAAGCUCAGAACAUGAGGUCACCCGGCGUGUGAAGAACGAGUUUAUGGCUGCUUGGGACGGUCUUCGGACCAAAGACGAUGAGCGCAUCAUCGUUUUGGCGGCAACAAAUCGCCCGUUCGACCUUGAUGAUGCAGUCAUACGACGUUUACCACGGAGGAUUUUAAUCGACCUUCCACAAGCAUCAAGCCGAGUGAAGAUACUCGGAGCUAUUUUAUUGAAAGAGAACCUGGAACCGAAUUUUGACAUGAUAGAGCUGGCAAAGAUGACGGAAGGUUACUCUGGAAGCGACCUCAAGAACUUGUCGAUCGCAGCAGCCUAUAGGCCCAUCCGCGAGUUUUUGGGAAAAGAGAGCGAGCUGAAGCAGCAAGGCAUUUGUAUCAAUGGAGAAACAGUACAAUCGAUGUUGCGACCGAUAACUCUAGAUGAUUUCCGGCAAUCGAUGACACAGGUGUGUGCCUCUGUAGCGUUUGAUGCAUUGAGUAUGAACGAGCUCAGGCAUUGGAACGAGCAAUAUGGCGAGGGAGGAAGUAGAAAGAAGAGGAACUUUGGAUUUAUGAUAUAGUCGCGAGUAUAGAGACAGGAAAUCUCUUGUAACAUAGCAUGUUUUUUGUCUGACGGAAGAGAGCUAGAUUGAUAAGAGUA